GGAAAAAGGGGACCGCGGCGGAGGCCGAGCCGGAAGAGGAGGAGCCGGGCCUGGAGGAUCCGCGAGAGUCGCUGCGACUGCCGGUGUUUGCGGGUCGCAAGGAGCGGGGCCUGGCGGGCGGGGUGUGUCGCGAUGCCGGAGCUGGCGGUGCAGAAGGUGGUAGUUCACCCCCUGGUGCUGCUCAGUGUGGUGGAUCAUUUCAACCGAAUAGGCAAGGUUGGAAACCAGAAGCGCGUUGUUGGUGUGCUUUUGGGGUCAUGGCAAAAGAAAGUACUCGACGUGUCCAACAGUUUUGCAGUCCCUUUUGAUGAAGAUGACAAAGAUGAUUCUGUCUGGUUUUUAGACCAUGAUUAUUUGGAAAACAUGUACGGAAUGUUUAAGAAGGUCAAUGCCAGAGAAAGAAUAGUUGGGUGGUACCACACAGGCCCUAAACUACACAAGAAUGACAUCGCCAUUAACGAACUCAUGAAAAGAUACUGCCCUAACUCAGUACUGGUCAUCAUUGAUGUGAAGCCAAAGGACCUAGGACUGCCCACAGAAGCAUAUAUUUCAGUGGAAGAGGUCCAUGAUGAUGGAACUCCAACCUCAAAAACAUUUGAGCACGUGACCAGUGAAAUUGGAGCCGAGGAAGCCGAGGAAGUUGGAGUCGAGCACUUGUUACGAGAUAUCAAAGACACUACAGUGGGCACUCUUUCCCAGCGGAUCACAAACCAGGUUCAUGGUUUGAAGGGACUGAACUCCAAGCUUCUGGAUAUCAGGAGCUACCUGGAGAAAGUGGCCACGGGCAAGCUGCCCAUCAACCACCAGAUCAUCUACCAGCUACAGGACGUCUUCAACCUGCUGCCAGAUGUCAGCCUCCAGGAGUUUGUCAAGGCCUUUUACCUGAAGACCAACGACCAGAUGGUAGUGGUGUAUUUGGCCUCGCUGAUCCGUUCCGUGGUCGCCCUGCACAACCUCAUCAACAACAAGAUCGCCAACCGGGAUGCAGAGAAGAAAGAAGGGCAAGAAAAAGAAGAGAGCAAAAAGGAUAGAAAAGAUGACAAAGAGAAAGAGAAAGAGAAGGAAAAGAGUGAUGGAAAGAAAGAAGAGAAAAAGGAGAAAAAAUAAAACAUGUAGCUUUUUAAUUUGUAAAUUAAAAUCUUAUAAACUAAUUCAGUGUGCCACUAGAGGGUUCUUUUUCCUUUAGGUGCUUGUUAAAAAGCUGUACUGCUGAGAGCUCUCUGGCCCGGGGCCCCCUCGCUGUGGCGGGGAAGCGAGUGCACAGAGGCACUGAGCUCCGAGCCGACCAGCAGCUUAGGCUGCCAUGCGUGGGGGAUACGAUAGCUCAGCCUUCAGAUCACGUGAGAAAAGUGAAGAGAGGUAAACAGAACCUUACUGGUACUCUUCACUCUUACCUAUCAAACUGGAAGUUGAAUUUCCCCCAUCUCAGAAGACUCUUGGGGUUGGUUUUUGGCAGUUUGCAGAACUGCAAAAUGGAAUGCAUGAAUUCCGUAAGCCUUAGAACACCCUGAGUUCUGACCCCUCUGAACUCUGUACCCGGAGCUCUGGCACUAUCAGGGCUUGGGAUCCAGCUCCAUAUAUUGUUUACCUUCGAAGACACAAUUAAAUGACUUCGUUUGUAAGUCUGUG